ACCACUUGCUUGACGCUCUGCAGAGUCGUCGGUGCCUUUUGCUCACUUUCGGCUCUGCUUGGCGUCGUGUGUUAAGCAACGACCACGUCGCAGGCAUUAUGCCAGACACAGGGGACAUGAAAAGGCGGGCAAAGCUGACCUAUGCCUGGAGCUCAUGGUCUAGCCGGGAAGACUGAGUCAGCAGGAGAUCUUUGAUUUCCUGUCGUAGUGCUAAGGUGAAGUGGGCAGAGAGCACUGGGGGGAGAAGGGGAAGGACUCCUUACCCCAGACUAGGGACCCAGAGAAGGUUUCAUAAAGAAGAGCUCCACUGAUCUGAAAUAGGUGAUUGGAUGCAACUUAGCCGGGCAAAAAUCAGAUUUCCAGUUGGCGACGUUUCAGGUUAUAAUAUGAAAAUGCUGCUGAUUUUGUUCCUCGUGAUCGUAUGUUCCCAUGUUUCCAUCAACCAACAUUCUGGCCCUGAGUACGCCGACGUGCUGUUCCUGGUGGACAGCUCCGACCACCUGGGAGUGAAGUCCUUCCCGCCGGUGAAGACGUUCAUCAGCAGGAUGGUCAGCAGCCUCCCCAUAGAGGCGGACAAGUACCGCGUGGGGCUGGCCCAGUACAGCGACGAGCUCCACGCUGAGUUCCAGCUCAGCGCCUUCAGGAGCCGGGGCCCCAUGCUCAACCACCUCAAGAAGAACUUCGGGUUCCUGGGCGGCUCCCCGCGCCUGGGCAACGCUCUCCGGGAGGCGCACAGGACCUACUUCUCAAACGGAAGGGACAGGAAGCAGUUUCCCCCGAUCCUGGUGGUCCUGGCUUCGGCCGAGCCUGAGGAUGCCGUGGAAGAGGCCGCCGAGGCCCUGCGCAAAGACGGGGUGCGGAUCGUCUCCGUGGGGACGCAGAGUGUGUCCGAGGAGACCCUGAAGGCCGUGGCCACGGCCCAGUUCCACUACCGCCUCCGCACGGUCCGAGACCUUGGCGCGUUCUCCCUGAACAUGACGCAGAUCCUCAAGGAGGCGGCUCAGUCCACGGAGGGAGCUGUCAACGACAUCCUUGUGGAAGUGUGCCAAGGCCCCUCCGUCGCUGACGUCGUGUUCCUAUUGGAUGUGUCCGUCAACGGCAGCUGGGAGGACUUUGACUAUCUUCGAGAGUUCCUGGAGGAAAGUGUGUCUGCGCUGGACGUCAGGGAGCACUGCAUGCGGGUCAGCCUGGUGGCCUACAGCAACGAGACCAAGGUGAUCAACCCCCUGAGCCGGGGCGUCAACAAGUCGGUGGUGCUCCGGGACAUCCAGAGCCUCUCUCCCCAGGCUGGGAAGGCCUACACUGGAGCCGCCUUGAGAAAGGUCCGGAAGGAGGUCUUUAGCGCACAGAACGGCAGUCGGAAGAAUCAGGGGGUCCCGCAGAUCGCCGUGCUGGUGACCCACCACCCAUCAGAGGACAACGUGACCAAGGCGGCCGCGAGCCUCCGGCGCCAGGGGGUGACCAUCUUCACCAUGGGCAUCGAGGGGGCCAGUGAUGCCCAGCUGGAGAAGAUAGCAUCUCACCCUGCUGAGCAAUACGUCUCCAAACUGAAAACCUUCUCCGACCUGGCAGCCCACAACCAGACCUUCCUGAAGAAGCUGCGGAACCAGAUCACACACACUGUCUCUGUGGUCUCGGAGCGGACGGCAACCCUCAAAUCCGGUUGCGCGGACACGGAGGAAGCAGACAUCUAUCUGCUCAUCGAUGGCUCCAGGAGCGUCCAGGCCACUGACUUCCAGGAGAUGAAAACCUUCCUGUCGGAGGUCGUAGGAAUGUUCAACAUCGCUCCCCAGAAGGUGCGGGUCGGGGCCGUGCAGUACGCCGACCGCGGGGACUUGGAGUUUGACAUCAGCAAGUACACGAACAAGCACGACGUGGGCAAGGCCAUCGACAACAUCCGGCAGAUGGGGGGGAAGACCAACACGGGUGCCGCCCUGAAUUUGACCCUGGGCCUCCUGCAGAAGGCCAAGCGGCAGCGGGGAGGCCGCGUGCCCUGCCACCUGGUGGUCCUGACCAGCGGCGCGGCCCACGACAGCGUCGCCGAGCCCGCGGAGAGACUGAGGCAGGAGCUGGUCCACGUCUACGCCGUCGGGGUCAAGGACGCGAACCAGACGCAGCUGCGCCAGAUCGCGGGCGAGGACAAGCGGGUGUACUACGUGCACGACUUUGACGCUUUGAAAGACAUCAGAAACCAGGUUGUUCAGGAGAUCUGUGCUGAAGAAGCCUGCAAGGAGAUGAAGGCAGACAUCAUGUUUCUGGUGGACAGUUCUGGCAGUAUAGGACUGGACAACUUCAUCAAAAUGAAAACAUUUAUGAAAAACCUGGUGAGCAAAUCUCAGAUUGGGGCAGACUGGGUGCGGAUCGGCUUGGUCCAGUUCAGCCACGUCAACAAGGAAGAGUUCCAGCUCGACACAUAUGGGUCCCAGGGGGACAUUACAGAUGCCAUAGACCGAAUGGCUCACAUUGGAGAGACCACCUUGACCGGCAGUGCCCUGACCUUCGUGUCUCAGUACUUCAGCCCGGCCAAGGGGGCCCGGCCCAGUGUCAGGAAGUUCCUCAUCCUCAUCACGGAUGGUGAGGCUCAGGAUGCCGUCAAGGAGCCAGCGGUGGCGCUCCGGCAAGAAGGCAUCAUCAUCUACUCUGUGGGCGUGUUCGGCUCCAACGUCACCCAGCUCGAGGAGAUCAGCGGCAGGCCGGAGAUGGUCUUCUACGUUGAGAAUUUUGACAUCCUCCAGCACAUUGAAGAUGACCUCGUUUUCGGGAUCUGCAGCCCUCGGGAAGAGUGCAAGCGCAUUGAGGUUUUGGACGUCGUGUUUGUGAUUGACAGCUCUGGCAGCAUCGACCAGGAUGAGUAUAAUACCAUGAAGGAUUUCAUGGUCGACUUGGUGAAGAAAGCUGACGUGGGCAAGAACAAGGUCCGGUUUGGGGCUCUGAAAUACGCCGACGACCCGGAGGUGCUGUUCUAUCUGGACCACCUUGACACAAAAUGGGAGGUGAUUUCGGUGCUCCGGAAUGACCAGCCCAUGGGGGGCAACACCUAUACAGCCGAGGCCCUGGGCUUCUCAGACCACAUGUUCACCGAAGCCCGGGGCAGCCGCCUGGACAAGGGGGUCCCCCAGGUCCUCAUCGUGAUCACCGACGGGGAGUCCCAUGAUGCUGACAAGCUCAAUGCCACAGCCAGGGCCUUGCGGGACAAGGGCAUUCUUGUCCUGGCCGUGGGGAUCGCGGGGGCCAACCCCGUGGAGCUGCUGGCCAUGGCGGGAUCGAGCGACAAGUACUUCUUCGUGGAAACUUUCGGAGGCCUGAAGGGGAUAUUUUCAGACGUGUCCGCCAGUGUGUGUAACUCUUCAAAAGUAGAUUGCGAAAUUGAAAAGGUAGAUCUCGUCUUCCUCAUGGAUGGCUCGAACAGCAUUCACCCGGACGACUUCCGGAAGAUGAAGGACUUCUUGGCGUCCAUCGUGGAAGACCUCGACGUGGGCGCCGACAGAGUGCGCGUAGGCGCGGCGCAGUUCAGCCACACCUACCGGCCCGAGUUCCCGCUGGGCGCCUGGGGCGGCCGGCAGGCGGUGUCCUCGCGCAUCGCGCGCGUCCAGCAGAUCUUCGGCUACACGCACAUCGGCGCCGCGCUACGGCAGGUGGGCCGCUACUUCCGGCCGGACGCGGGCAGCCGCAUCGGUGCGGGCGCCCCGCAGGUGCUGCUGGUCCUCACCGACGGCCAGUCCCAGGACGAGGUGGCCCAGGCGGCCGAAGAGCUGAGACACAAGGGCGUUGACAUCUACUCCGUGGGCAUCGGGGAUGUAGAUGACCAGCAGCUCGUUCAGAUCACCGGGACCGCGGAUAAAAAACUGACCGUCCACAACUUCGACGAACUGAAGAAGGUCAAGAAGAGGAUCGUGCGCAACAUCUGCACCUCGGGGGGCGAGAGCCAUUGUUUUGUGGACAUCGUGGUGGGAUUUGACAUCUCAACUCAGCAGAAUGGGCAGACCUUGCUGGAAGGUCAGUCUUGGAUGGAAACCUACCUGCAAGACACCUUGCGUGCCAUCAGCUCCCUCAAUGGGGUAAGCUGUGAGGUGGGCACAGAGACUCAGGUAAGCGUGGCUUUUCAAGUGACCAACGCCCUGGAAAAAUACUCCCCCAAGUUUGAGAUCUACAGUGAAAACAUACUGAACAGUUUAAAGGAUGUAACAGUUAAAGGACCGUCUCUUCUCAACGCCAACCUCUUGAGUUCUCUGUGGGAGGCAUUUCAGAAUAAAUCAGCUGCUCGGGGAAAGGUGGUUCUCUUGUUUUCAGAUGGAUUGGAUGAUGAUGUUGAAAAACUUGAACAGAGAUCUGAUGAACUUAGGAAAGAAGGCCUAAAUGCUCUCAUCACUGUUGGUCUGGAUGGAGCCACCAGCUCACAUGACCUGGCUGACCUUCUCUACCUUGAGUUUGGGAAGGGAUUUGAGUAUAGGACCCAGCUCACUCUCGGAAUGAGGGAUCUUGGGAGCCGGCUGUCAAAGCACCUGGUCAAUGUUGCAGAAAGGACAUGCUGCUGUCUGUUCUGCAAGUGCAUUGGAGGAGAUGGUACCGUGGGAGACCCUGGACCACCAGGAAAAAAGGGACCCCCAGGCUUUAAAGGCAGUGAAGGCUACCUGGGAGAGGAAGGCAUUGCUGGAGAAAGAGGAGCGCCUGGACCAGUGGGAGAGCAGGGCGCUAAGGGAUGCUAUGGCGCCCGGGGUCCGAAGGGACACAAGGGACUAAAUGGACAGGAGGGAGAAGUUGGGGAAAGCGGAAUUGAUGGGUUAAAUGGAGAAAAGGGUGACGAUGGUCUUCCUGGAGCAAAAGGAGAAAAAGGUGAUGAUGGAGUCCAGGGAAUCCCAGGAGAGAGAGGGAUUUCCGGGGACCAUGGAGCAAAGGGCCUGCGAGGAGAUCGUGGCGUUCCUGGAUUUGACAAUAGCAUAGAAGGACCCACGGGCUUGAAAGGAGAACGUGGAAGAGAAGGGAGAAGAGGCUGGCCAGGCCCCCCAGGAACACCGGGCUCCAGAAGAAAGACAACAGCUCAUGGCCGGAGGGGACAUACAGGCCCACAGGGGGAAGCAGGCACCCCGGGCCCAGAUGGACUUGCAGGCUCCCUGGGACUUAAGGGCCCUCAGGGCCCAAGAGGAGAGCCUGGUGUGAAAGGAGAGAAAGGAAGUCUGGGAAGUAAAGGACCCCAGGGGCUUCCAGGACCUGCGGGAGAGGCAGGGAGUCAAGGCCGAUGGGGAAGCCAAGGAACUAAAGGGGAGCCCGGUGACCUGGGAGAAAAGGGAGCCACUGGCCUUCGGGGACCUCGAGGCGCUGCGGGCGGUGAUGGCGGCCCGGGUUAUGGCAGCAUCGGCAGUAAAGGAGCAAAGGGGCAGGAAGGAUUCCCUGGAGAAAGUGGACCCAAGGGUGAGGAGGGCGACCCUGGCAGUCCAGGAGAAACGGGACCCAAGGGAGCUGGAGGCAAGACGGUGUCCGCGGGGCUUCCAGGAGAACCGGGAUCCCCUGGGGAGCUGGGACCUCCUGGACGCAAGGGUGUCAAGGGAGCCAAAGGAUUGGCUUCAUUCUCCACGUGUGACCUCAUUCAGUAUGUGCGGGACCACAGCCCCAGCAGACACGGGAAACCCGAGUGCCCCGUGCAUCCCACCGAGCUGGUGUUCGCGCUGGACCAGUCCCGGGGCGUCACGGAGCCGGAGUUUGCGCGGAUGAAGGAGAUGAUGUCCUCCGUGGUGCGGGGCCUCCGGGUCCGGGAGCACAGCUGCCCCGCAGGCGCGCGCGUGGCCGUCCUCGCCUACGACUCCCACGCCAGGCACCUCAUCCGCUUCUCGGACGCCUACGGGAAGGACCGACUCCUCCGGGAAAUCCAGGCCCUUCCUUACGAGCGGUCCUCAGCCGGCCGGGAGGUCGGCCAGGCCAUGAGGUUCGUCUCCAGGCACGUGUUCAAGCGCGCGCUCCCGGGCGCGCACACCCGCCGGGUCGCCACCUUCUUCAGCGGAGGCCCGUCCGCCGACCCCCAGACCAUCACCACGGCCACCUUGGAGUUCAGCGCCCUGGACAUCAUCCCAGUGGUGAUCGCCUUCACCAACGUGCCCUCCGUCCGGCGCUCGUUCGCGAUCGAGGACACUGGCACAUUCCAGGUCAUCAUGGUUCCGUCCGGAGCGGAUUACACGCCAGCGCUGGAGGGCCUGCAGCGGUGCACUUUCUGCUACGACAUAUGCAACCCGGAUGCUUCUUGCGAUCAGGCCAGACCACCUCCCGUGCAGGCUUACGUGGAUGCUGCGUUCCUGGUGGACAGCUCCCGGCACGUGGGGAGGGCGGAGUUUGAAGACAUCAGGGGCUUCCUGGGCGCGCUGUUGGAUCACUUUGAAGUCAGCCCGGAGCCCGAGACCUCUGUCACUGGAGACCGGGUGGCCCUCCUGAGCUACGCUCCCCCUGGCUUCCUCGCCCGCGCUCAGGGGAGUCCCGUUAGGACUGAGUUCAACCUCACCACCUACAGGAGUAAACGUCUCAUGAAGAGGCACGUGGACGAGUCGGUGCAGCAGCUCCACGGAGAUGCUUUCCUUGGCCACGCCCUGCAGUGGGCUCUGGACAAUGUCUUCCUAAAGACACCCAACCUGAGGAGAAACAAAGUCAUUUUCGUGAUAUCAGCGGGGGAAACCAGUCACCUGGACAGGGAAACCUUGAGGAAAGAAUCCUGGAGAGCCAAGUGUCAAGGUUAUGCUCUCUUUGUGUUCUCCCUGGGCCCUUCGUGGAGUGACCAGGAACUGGAGGACCUAGCCAGCUUCCCUCUGGAUCACCAUCUGGUCCAGCUUGGCCGCAUCCACAAACCUGACCACAGUUAUGGCGUGAAGUUUUUGAAGGCUUUUAUGAGCUCUGUCAGGCGCGCGAUCAACAAAUACCCACCGAUAAACAUCAGAGCAAAGUGCAGCAGGCUGGGCGCCCCGGAUCCGCAGCAGCCCCCACGGCAGCUUCAAAGCUUUCUUCCUGGACCACAUAAAGCUACCCUCAAAGAAGAUGCACUGCAGAAGGCAAAAUUCUUUCAAUAUAAAAAAUACUUUCCAAGAUUAGUAAGAGGCAGCAGAGAUGAUACUGUUUUUACCAGAAACACAUCUCAUACCUUUAAAUAUGGAAGAAGGGUGGUAAAAACUGCUCCCAGACCACAUGAUAAAGGAAGUGCUCGAACAGAAGAACUUGGCCUCAGGAAGCACGCUGAGACUCUGGACGCAGAGAACUAAAUCUGCCACCACGACGACGGGCAGCUCCUGU